CAAUCGAGUUCGCCUCGAUUUGAAACUUUUGGGGUCACCGUUGCAUAGGAACCGGCAGAAUGAUUGAGGCCAUUCUCAGUAGAUUUCGCUGGGGCCGAAAGAAAUUUCUUAUUCAGUUUCGCACAUUCCUUCGGUGCAGUUUCGCCCAAUGGCAUCAGAGUUGGUUCGUGAUUUCAAGAAUCACAAAAUCGUACCGGAUGUGAUUCCGGUGCCACCGGAGUCGCUGCUGCAGGUGACCUACCCGGGCGACCAGAAGGUAAACCUUGGCAACAUUCUGAUGCCGAAGCAGGUCAAGGACAUCCCGCUGGUACAGUGGGCAGUCGAGCCGAAGACCUUCUAUACGCUGUGCAUGACCGACCCGGACGCGCCGAGCCGGACCGCGCCAAAAUUUCGCGAGUGGCACCAUUGGCUGGUCGUCAACAUUCCCGGGACGGAUGUCGAGCGUGGUGAGGUUUUGUCGGAGUAUAUCGGGGCGGCGCCACCCAAGAAGACCGGACUGCACCGGUAUGUGUUCCUGGUGUAUCAGCAGCACGGGCGACUGAGCUGUGACGAACCGAGACUGUCCAAUCGAAGUUCACAAGGACGGGGAAAGUUCUCGAUACAGAAAUUUACCGAAAAGUAUCAGCUGGGAAUCCCGGUGGCGGGUAACUUCUUCCAGGCGCAGUUCGAUGACUAUGUUCCCAAGUUGUAUCGACAGUUGGGGCAGUUUCAGAAUGCUUUUUAGUGGUGCAACCCAUAAAAAGGAAUGCUCACAUGCGAUACGAUUGAUGGGCGUUGCGUGAUGGCUUGUGCCCCGUACCACGCGGAUAGUGUGUCAGCUCGCAUACAUGUAGUGUCAAAUAUUGUUACUAUUGAUGUUGAUUAUGUACCUAUGUUGAGUGUUUAGUAGUUCAAAUAAAUGUUG